GUGGCUGGUAGGUGCCUGAAGACGAGCAUGUAGGAAACAGAAAUAACGACAAGGGGUGCAAGCUGAGGCCUAGAACUGAUACUGAGGAAUCGGCGUUGUCUUUGCAUAAGCCGACUACAACUAGAAGUCACCUCACCUCUUGGGGCGAGGCCUGCACACGGGAGGAGGAAAAUGCAGUGCACUCCUGAAUUAAACGUCUACCUCGAGAGCUGCAAAAGCCAGCAUUGUUACGACGACUGCUGUGACAGUGGAUACUCAGGGUUAUUCCACAGCCCGCGCAGCAUCAGUGGAGUCGACUCCUGUAGGUCUUUGUCUCCUGUAGAAUUCAAUGAAAUGCCUAAAGAGAACCUCAGGCUUUCUGUCACACCUAAAGAGAGGACCAGAGAAUCACCCAGACUUUUGGACAAAGACUCCAGGGGAUCACAGCGGCCAUCAGUUACCUGGUGUGAAACUCCUAAAGUAUAUAAAAGAGAUGCCCCAUUGCGACUCAGACUUCUUAUGUGCAAGCCUUCUGCAGAUUUCAAAACUGACAACACAAGAUCACCAUGCAUCAGACAGACUGAAUCCUCCAUCGGCACCAGGUCUGAAGACUGGCUCAGUGCAUCGUUAGGCUCUCCAGACACUGUGAUGGGGGCUUUGGCCUCAAACACUUUAAAACAGGAGCAGGACCUGCCAUUAUCUGGUAGGAAACGUCGUCUCCUUUUCUCACAGGUGAGAACCUCCACUCUUGAAGAUGGUAAACUCCACUCUGAGCUUGCUUCUAAUUUUGAGAGAAGAAUCUCCCUCUCAGGUGACGAUUUCAGUGAGAGUAUCUCUGCUUCUGAUCAAAUCAAUAUUGAGACUCCAUGCUUUAGAAAAUUCCUUCCUGCCUCAUCUAAGGAAAACUCUCAAUCACCAAUCAGUGUUGUGACAAAUGGCCUAAAUGACAGCUUAAGUGUCUGUACACCAUCAUCUACGCACACACCCAAAUACAUCAGGUCUGUGUGUGAAGACAGCGGUUUCAGUUCCCUGACCCUCGAUAAAUCCCAAGACUCCUCUGUCGACCAUGAUGGUUCAUUCCAGGAGGUGCUGCUCUUUGCUUCCAAAAGAAACUGUGAAACCCCAAAUCUGGCAGAGGCAAAGCGGCGUUCCCGCUUGCACCGUCAGCACAGGCUUUCCACACUCAGAGAGGGGGGAUCUCAGUCUGAGGAAGACCCAAAGGACAGACAGCAUGAACAAUAUCACCAGUGCCACAGCCAUUCUAAAGAGGAUGUAUUUUCUGAUGGUGCCACCCCUCGCAAUGUUCUCUCUCUUAAAUGUGGUAAUAGCAUGACCUCUGAUGGUUUGGCCUAUGCAAAACAAGACUAUACCACCCCACUGAGAGCCUGCAUAGCCAAGCCAGAAAACAUGACACCUUUUAGCACAGUUCCUGCUAAUCCAGAUGUAACUCCUCUCAGGACAACCCCAGUUAACCUCUCUCUCACUCCAGCUUUGCAGCUGGUUCAUGCUAUGUGCCAGCAGAUGUCUUUUGGCCAAAGUCCAAGCUUGAUGGAGCAGCUUAAGUCCACAGCAGCACUAGCUGAGACCCCUUUGGCAUUCAGGACCACUAUGCCAUUAGCAGGACUGAUUGGCCGGAAGAUGGGCCUAGGGAAGGUGGACAUACUCACAGAGCUGAAGAAGAGGAACCUCAGGCACAUCCUAGCUGUCAUAUUCAGCCACCUGACCUCUGAUAGCAUCUACAGGUGUGGUCAGGUGAGCAAGAGCUGGAAUGGUAUUAUUCAGCAGGACAAGCAAGCAAGCUUUAGGAGAAGAAACCACCUGAGUGAAGUGAAGGCUGCUCUUGAGCUCGGUGCUGCUGUCCAUGUCCCUGACGCAGAGACCAGACUGACUCUGCUUAAGAGGUCGGCCCUCAAGACAGUCCAGACACAGUCCAGGACCUCUAGCUACUGCACCCCGCAGACAGGAAAUAGCACUUUAAUCCAAUUACAACACAGCACCUCACGUUCAGGCAGCAGCAGCAAACGGGAUAAAUUUCUGGAAGUCGCCAAAACCCUCUUCAAUGAUGAGUGCCUCAAACCUUGCCCUCGAUGUCAGCAUCCUGCAAGAUGUCACUCAGUGAAAGGGGAAGGUGUGUGCAGCAGGGCUGACUGUGGUUUCCAGUUUUGCACUUCCUGCUUGUGUGCCUUUCAUGGCUCUAGAGAGUGUGGCAGCCAGUCUGUAGGCCGUCGCAAAAACGACAUACUCCUUCCAGGUAGUGCUCAAAGCAAGCGAAACGUUAGGAGACUAUGAGAGCAAAGUGAACUGUAUUCCUACUUCCUAUGCCAAGUCACUUUAGCAUGCUUUUCCCCGUAAUGGUGAAAACAAGGCUUGGCAACACGGAUACUUAUUUGUAGCCAGUACAUGAGAACUACGUCUGUACUCAUUGUUUUGUCUUUGUGACUGUCUAUGUACUGUAUUUUUCCCCCUUUUUUCAGUGCAAUUAUUUCUUCUGUGUUUUUAAUUAUGAAUUUGAAGGCUCACCAGCAGUGCAAUGACUGAAUUUUGCUGUUGAUGUACUUCUACAUACACACUGAUCAAGUGUACAGAAUGAUUUUUGGAAUUUCUGAGAUUUUCAACUUUUACCAAUGUGUUUUCAGAUCAGUUUUAAAAUAAAUUUGGUGACUUAUUUUUUACACA